UGACAUCAUCAAUGUGUUCUGCCCUGCUUCAGAGACAGAGGCCUGCAACUGCCACAGGUACGUCCUCGGAUCAACUGGGCUGCAAAAGUUGGACAAGACUUACAGAACAAAUUGGGGUCGAGGCAGCUGGAUCUCAUGCGUGGACCCAGAGCUUCCUGUUGACUGAAAGGACUUUUCUCUCGGCUGAACUCAGCUGGACUAGAGAUUAUCUGAGUGACUUCCUUAUUCAAGCUGGAAACAAACUCAAAGUUCACUGUUUUUGGCCACUGGAACUCAAUGCCGAUGCAAGAAUGGCCUCAAAAUCGUGCACCUCUCCCACGUUUCUGAAACAUUGAGAGACAAGAGACGAAGUUGGAGAAUCCCAUGUGACCCUGCCACGUCCUGUUGAAGUCUGGAGGUGAGGUAGCAAGAACAACUGAAAAUGAGUCAUGAAGAACAAGAAAGACAGGGGACGGGACUGAGAGACGUCUUUGACAUAUUACUUAAGGCGUGUUCGGAGCGACUGCUGAGCUUGACUUUUCAGCUGGGUGAGUCUCCUGAGGAUGAUCUCAUACACGUCUUGUGUCUGAUCAUCCUCCAGAGAGAGGAGCAAGUCCUGAACAAACUCCAGAUGCUGAAGGACAAUGGCCUCGCCAAACAACUGGCUGAAAGUUGGAGAAUGAGUGGAGGUAAAUUAGAAGAUUUUAGGGAUCACUGUGGUGAUUUACAAGAGUUUACAGGAGAAUCUUUGGCCAUGUUGGCUCGAGUUUUUAAGGUUUUGUCGGAGAGGAGUCUUUGCGAUCAGCACCUGAGGAAUCUGGCCUAUCAGAGAGCCGUUUCUGUUGACAGCCAAAAAACAAGCAGUUGUGAGGGUCUGGAAUAUGAUAAACUCAGAGAGGAAGCUAAAAAUGUCUGUGGGCCUCAGUUUGAGGAGUGGAUGUGCUCCUCAAGAGACCUCCAGUCAGGGUCUUUGCCUGAUCCUCACAGAAGCCUGGAUGAAACCUUAAAAAUUACGAAUCGGUCAGAGAGAGGUUACAGUCUUGCCAGCCCCCUGGAGGCGAGCUCCUCAAUGCCCUCAUACCCUACUCAUCUAGAAAUCAGUAUCUCCCCAACAGCCUUGUUCGAAGCGGACAAAAUAUCCCCAGAAGCAAUCGAUCAACCCCAACUGAACACUUGUCUCCUUGCACGUGGGCAGUCUCACUCAUCUGAGGAGCCUAAAUCCAAUGAACCAGCUCCGCUUGAAACAAAGAAAGACUCAAAGAUGCACACACCACUCCCAGCACAGUGCAGGAAGUUGGACAUUCAGAUUCCCCCUCCAAUUCCAACCACCAAACCAAGCAGCCUACCAAACUGUGAGCUACCUACUGCAGCAAACGCGUGUGUCCCCAAGGUACCUGUUCGAGAUGACAUGCAUGAAAGGGAAGCUGCAGAAAAGAACAAGGCUAUUUUUUACGCAUUUGUAAUCCUGCAUUCACCAGAGGACGAAGACGUGGCUGAGAGCAUGAGGGAAAGAAUGGAAACGGUCACUGGCUAUGUAGGUGCGACUUUCUCAGAGGAGUUCGCCGUCCCUGGAAGGAGCGCCCUGAGGUGCGUGGAGGACGCUAUCAACAACUCAGCCUUCACCCUGCUGCUUCUCACCCGCAACUUCAACACUCGCAUGUUGGAGACGGAGACAGACACCGCCCUGAUCAACUCCAUAAACAACAAAUACAAGCACAACACGGUUAUCCCUCUGCUGCCACGGGAGAACAGUCUCCCGAGAGAGAGCAUGCCCAUGGUUCUCAAAACAAUAGUUGCGCUAGAGGACAACAGGAACUUUGACAGAAAGGUGCAAAAGUCGUUGUCUCGAGCCAACGUUAAAAGACAAAAGAGAAUCUGGGAAGAGGAGCAGAGAAUGAAAAGUCAGAUGGAGAGACAGGAGGAACUAAAGCGACUUAACCAGUAUCAAAAGAAGCUGAUCCAACAGUGUAAAGAAUCACAGUCACUGGAGCGAGACAACAUGAGUCUUUUAAUGACACAAAAGCUCCUACUUGGUUCCAGUGAACAGGAAGGGGGUGCCGGCAGCGCUAGGUGCCAACAACAUCCAAACAUCCAUAUUGAGAAUGCUCAAUAUAUAAUGAUCGGUAAUGACUCCCAAAUGACUGUGGAUCACCUUGGAGAUGCAGUCAAAGAUGAUACAAUUUAUUCCGAGAACAAGCAAUAAACUCACAUAGGAAAAUACUUAAAAAACACAACAAAACCAGAUAUUUUUCGAGGUCUAUUUGUGUGUGGAAAAUUAACUAAUUCAUAAAAUGUUCUAAAUUAUAAAAUAUUUGAGCUACAACAAACACUAUGAGAUAUUCACUGUAGAUUGUUUUACUGUAUUUCGACCUGUUUGUUCCACCCACUAUAAAGAUAUGGAACACUGAGAACUUUUUAGAUGAAUGUUUAGCUCAGGAGCGCCAUCUACUGACCGAUGUGUGACAUGCACUUCCUGACCUCCUCAGCUGUAUAAACUCAAUGCAGACACUAGGGUGCAGUGUUGUUACACUUUCCUCGUGGCUCCUUCUCACCCUUCAUAAGUGAAGUGUCAUCCAACAGCAUCACUGCUCUGCUGUCAGAGAGCUACAAGACAUUGAAUACUAUCUGAAUUUUAAAACGUUCCGUAUGUUGUAUGAAGAAAUAUUUCAACAGUAACUGUCCAGAUUUAACAGAUUUUCUUUUGGAGCAAUUUCCAAAAUGUUUGUCACUGAUCUUGACGUUUAUAUCAUCUCAUUUGCACUAUUUUUUUCCUUGUGUGGUAACACUUUUAUUGUUGUAGUUGCAGAGGAGCAGGUUGUCACAAAAUCUGCUGGUUGACAACAAACGAUUUGAUGAUUUGUAAGACUUUACCGAUCCGCUCAGGCUCAUGCACGACCACGGCCUAUAUUGCCCUCUCCUUCAUCAUCUCUUGUUUUACUGUGUUUAUCAGCUUUCUUUUACACUUUUAACUGACUUUGAAAGAUGCUUUAUAAAUGCAUUUCGAUUUUUUUAUUUUUAUUACUGUUGUCCAGUCUGUGUGAGGGAUAUCUAAAGGUUCUAAAUGUUCCAUACGGCUGCUGAUGGGAUGUACAUGUUGACCCAUGUAUAUGUGUUGUUGUUUUCUCUUUUCAAAUACAGUCACUGCUAAUCUGGGUUUCAUUCAUUGGUGGAAAAAAAUAUCUAAAUCCUUCUCUGCAUCGGUACUCAAGUUGGAAAAUAUGUCAUCAAACACUGGUUUAGGUCAACAAUCAUUUCAAGUAAAAUUUACUUCAUUUCCUCCACCAAGGAAGUUAUGUUUUCAUUUUUGUUUGUUUGUUCGUUAGCAGGAUUACGCUAAAGUGACUGAACCGAUUUCCAUGACUUGUUGGGGGGGCAGAUGGUUUCUUUUUUUUCCACUUUCAUUAACAAAGCGAAAUACAGGGUUUUUUGUGUGUAUUUUUGUUGAUUUGUCAUUAAAAGAAUAAUGGAUCUUGGUGAAAAA